UUUUGCCUGCUUCUGAUUACUAUACUGAAUAAAAAUUGGCCAAAUAGUUGUAUAUAGCGUAAAAUUUGAUCAUUUAAUUAAUUUGGCUAUCGCAAUUAUAUCUAACACUGAAAAAUAUACAAUCAAAGAUUACUUUCUAAAACAAAGUUUAUGGAAAAAACAUGGUUGGAUGGGAUUGUAAUUAGUUACUGUUUUGUUAAGCAUACGCUCAAAGCGCGAGAAGGUUUAAAAAUAUUUGAACAAAUUAGACACAAAUAAUGUCGGACGCGGAGUCGUCGGCUGUCCGACUUGAAGACGGCGAAAUAGACGAAAGCAAUGAGUCGUCUGUUUUACCACAGCCAAAUACUGACGGUGGUACCAUAAAUGACUUAAAUAUAUUCGUCAAGGAUGCGCAAAAAGCAGAUAAAAGUGAUGGUACAUCUCCAUCUUCGUCUGCAGUUUUCGAUGCUCACACAAACAAUCAACAGAAAAAAAGAAAAUCCUCUCAGUCUCACAAUUCCGAAAACGCCUAUCUUAAUGAUGAAGAAAUUGUUUAUAUUGAUGAAAAUGAAAUGCUUUGUGUACGUGGUGGAAGUCCUGUAGCCUUUGUCGUAGAACGAUUAAGUUACGGUAAAAAAUCUCCAUUGGAAGAUUGUGAUACUAUUUCAAAUGACACUACACCACCAAAGAAAAGAAAAACUUUAGGAAAGCGCCGGAGUAAACGAACAACUCCAAGGAAACUAGCCAAAGACAUGAGUGCAUCCUCAGAAGAGAACUCCGAUUUGGAGAGAAGUCAAUCACGACAAGAAAAUCAAGUUAAACAUCCACAAGUCUGUAAAUUUUAUCUUCAAAACUGUUGUGUUAAAAAAUAUAAAUGUGAGUACAUGCAUUCAGAAUUUCCCUGUAAAUUCUAUUACAUGGGAUUAAAGUGUUCAGAUGAAGCAUCUGAUACUGGAUGCAAACUAGCUCACGGAGGUCCGUUGUCAGCCGAAAUGCUUAGUAACCUUACUCGUCAUAUAAUGAGAGCACCAAUUGGUGUUUUGGGUGAGGAAUUUGUUGAAAUACGAUCUAAGAUGGCAGUUGGUGAAGUAAAUUCUAUGUUAAAAAAGACCCAAGAUACUCUUACACCACCACAAGUUGAUGGGAAUGUAUUAUCAUCGCCCCAAAAAGAUUCAUCGACGUUCUUUGCUACACUCAGGGAGAAAUUAUAUUUUCUGAAUGAAGAUCAACUCAAUGGGUUACAAAAACUUGAAAUUACAAAAGUCGAUGAUUUGCUUAAUUUGACGUUAGCUCAGUUAAACGCAAUUGGUAUUCAUGCGAUCCAAAUUGAAGCUAUACAAAUGAGCUUUGUAGCUGGAGAAGAUACGGAUAUGAGAAGUUUGUUACCAACACAAUUAGAAGUGCCAAUGGAACAAAAACAAAUUCCAAGUUUUGAAGUUGUCUGCUUGAAUAAUAGGACAGGGUCUAGAGAGAGUUGGUACGAGGAAGAGGAAGGACCUUUGGUGAUCGAUGAAACUAAUGAAACUGACGAUGAAAACAAAGCUAACACUGCAGAGGAAGAUGACUUUAUUAUUGAUGUUGUAGGAGACAGUGAUACGAAUUCUAACUCAAGUACACCAAACGACAAAGAAAUUGAUUUAACAGACAAAAAUGAACAUGCGUUAGCUGCUAUAUCUAUUGAUGAUACAGAGCACUCCCAGCAUUUUGUCAUCGAAGAGACUCAGGAAGGAAUACAAGUACUUCCGAAUUCUCCAGCAUUUCUAAACGAGCCUAAAACAUUUAUACGCUCAGAAAAAGUGAAUAACGAAUUUGAAGGGUUGGAAAAUGAUAACAGUAAACUGAAUGAGGAUCGACUCAAUAAAAAUACACAAGGCUCAAGUGAAGAUUUAUCAAAUGUGACAAAUAUAAUUGAAAAACCGAACGACGUGCAAAUUCAAGAAGACCAAGAAGUUGAUGAAAAUAAACAAGACACUAUUGGUAAUGUUUCGGCUACAGAAAACAUGAUUGAAAAACAAAUCGAGAAAGAAAAUCAUGAAAGUUCUAAACUUGAUGCAAAUACACAAGAUGGUAAUGAAAAUUUAUCAGCUGUGGAAAACAUCAUUGAAAAACAAAUCAUGAUAGAAGUUCAUAAGGAAACUCAAUUUCAUAAAAACAAGCAAGAUGCUUUUGAAAACUUGCCACUUGUAAAAGAUACGGUUGAAAAACAAAUCGAGGUAAAAAAUCAAGACGAAAUUCAAUCUGAUAAGAAAAAAACAGAUACGAAUGAAGAUUUAUCAUUUCAAAAGAGAAAUAAAAACUUAUCAGAUCAGAAAAGAAAAGAAACAUUGAAAGAAGAUGAAGAUAAAACUUUUUCAUAUUCACCAAAGAAAAAAACUUACCAAUCUAAUAUUGAUCGAGAAGAGGAAAAAAGUAAUACUUCAAUAGAUUUGCCAUUAAAAUCCUUGGCAAAAAGUAGAUGUACAUCUCCGCUUCCAGAAGUCAAAGCCACAAGAGAUAAUAAACUGAUAUCUAAUCCAAAAUCGGAAAAUGUCAUUGCAGAGAUCGAUCUUACAAUUUUAUCACCCCCUAGGCGAUCAAUAAAAUCACCAAUUCGAUUCAAGAGCGAACCAAAGCGAGAGUACGCCAAUCCAUUUCAAAGAAAAAUUAAUUUUUCAGAUAACGAGAACAAAGAGUUUUGUUCGCCAGUAAAAGAGCAAAGAAAGAAAUUUGUACCUCCGUCUAACUUUAAACCAAAUAAACAAAUGCAAGACGAUAAUUCUUCGGAGGAUUGGGAUGCAGAUGAGAAGAGUGAUAUACAAAGUCCGCCUAAAGAAAUUGCAUCCCCUGAUCAAUCUGAAGAUGAGUCGACAAAUUUUGUAGCAGACGGCACAUGCCCGGAAUUUCCCCGAAGAACAAAAAAUUUGGAUAACUAUCAGCCUGCUCUAGAAAUAAAUGCUCAUCUUACUUAUCCGCCAAUGGAAUAUAAACUCCAUCAGAUUUAUAUGCCCGAAUACGAAGUAAAUAGGCCAACACAAGUGGAAAAACUUCUCAAAGCAAAUAGUACCGAUCCUAGAUUAAAGAAGUUUGUUGAGAAGGAAAAGAACCAUGGUGUAUUUCCCCAAUCUGAAUACAGUUUCUUUCCACCAAAUAUAUCUCAAUGCGAUCCACGUCUUCGUCCUGGCUGUGGAAAUAGUUGCCCAGACCAGAACUAUAAUGUUAGUCGGGUACUUUACAGUUAUUUACAGCGAUCACAGUGGUACCAAGAGCUAAAGUCUAAUCUAAAAAUUCAAAUCAAUCACUCAGUGUCGGAUCUAGUACGAGCAUUAAAUUACUUCUAUAAAGAUCCAACACCCCAGAAGAUAUUUGAUUUAUUUCAAAUCGAAUGUGCUGGGGUUCUCCUUGAGGUUAUGCGAAAUGUUGGAAUUUUCAUUGAUGUCAACGGAAAUAUAACAGAAGAAGCAAAUUAUAAGCAGCUGUGUGCUACAAUGCAACAACAGCAAUCGCAAGAAGCUUUUCCAGCUGGAAGCCACAAUCAUCCGAAGCCAGGAUUAUUGGGUUUUGCACCACCUGGAGUUCCUCAUCCACAUCAGAACAAUUCUCAAAUGAGCAAUGAAAAUAGUUUCGCAAGACAAGCGUUUGGCAACGAUUGCUUUUGUAUCAAUAACAAUAACGAUUUUCAACCCAACGGAAAUAGCUUCUAUGUUGGAGGUAGGUUUCCAAUGAAUCGCAACCCAGAACCAGAUUUUAAUUCCAAUUUUGAACCAAUGCCUUACCACAACCAUAGACAACCACAAAAAAGACAUUUUAAAAGGCACUAAAAACCCAUCUGGUUGUUGAAUUAAAUGUUUUAAGUUUGUUAUUUUCUGUAAGUACCUAAUUUUUUUUUUAAUGUUUUUGUAUCAAAAUUACAAAAGAUUAUGUUUUAGACGUUGAACAUGAUUCAGUUUAUUAUGUGGAGCAUAAUAAAAUAUUUUUUUUUCAAUCAUAAAUUCCCUAA